GCGGGGCGGGCGCUGAGAGCUGGAGAUGCUGCUGCUGCUGCUGCUGCUGCUUCUGCUGCUGCUGCGGGACAGGUUCUGGUCCGAGUCUGGCUUGGCGGGCACCGGGCGUGGGACGGCCCAGGGCGCGGUGGCAGCAGCAGGAGCACACUGUGAGAACCAUGUCUAGGAAGAAGACCCCCAAGAACAAGGGGGGCAGUGUGCCUGCUGCCUCUACGUUGCCCACCGCCGCCAAUCGGUCCCGUCUGGCAUGUUCCAGGACGGCGCGUCCCGGCCCUGAGGCGCUGCCCAAAGGGCCCCCGCAGUCCGGCCGGCCCUCACUUGGUGGCACUGGAGACUUCUACGACGUUGCUUUCAAGGUCAUGCUGGUGGGGGAUUCCGGUGUGGGGAAGACCUGCCUGCUUGUGCGCUUCAAGGAUGGAGCUUUCCUGGCUGGUACCUUCAUUUCCACUGUGGGCAUCGACUUCCGGAAUAAAGUUCUGGAUGUGGAUGGCACGAAGGUGAAGCUGCAGAUCUGGGACACAGCUGGUCAAGAGCGGUUCCGGAGUGUCACCCAUGCCUACUACCGGGAUGCUCAUGCACUGUUGCUGCUCUAUGACAUCACCAACAAGGACUCCUUCGACAACAUCCAGGCCUGGUUGACCGAGAUCCAGGAGUAUGCCCAGCAGGAUGUGGUACUCAUGCUGCUGGGAAACAAGGUCGACUCUACCCAAGAACGUGUGGUAAAGAGGGAAGAUGGGGAGAAAUUAGCGAAGGAGUUUGGGCUGCCGUUCAUGGAAACCAGCGCAAAGACCGGCCUCAACGUGGACUUGGCUUUCACAGCCAUAGCUAAGGAGCUGAAACAGCGAUCUACAAAGGUUCCCAGCGAGCCGCACUUCAGGCUGCACGAGUAUGUCAAGAGGGAGGGUCGAGGGGUCUCAUGCUGUCGACUCUGAAUCUGGCUGAUACCAGUUCCACUCUUGAGGAAGCAACACUGCCUCGGAGUUGUACCGGAAAUCUAUGCCCAUUGCCAAGACUCUAGAGGCUAAACGCUAUCACCCCCUUUGUCCCAGAGGCCGUCACAGAAGUGGUUUUGAAGCAUACAAACCACGGCACUCUACUGCCCUCUCCUGGGAACUUGUAGCAGAGACGGCACCACAGAGCCCUGAUAGGACCCCACCCAGGGUGUCAUUAUUGGUCGUUUGAUAGUCUCCAGGCCACAGUAGCCUUCUUCCAGCCCUUACUGUGAGGCUUAGAGGAAACUAGCAGGCAGUGAGUGGGAUCACAGGAUGUCUCGACACGACCUAGUCACCACCCAGCAGGCUGCCCCAUUCCUUUCCAUGCUGUGCCAUCAAGCCCCAAACUUGAGUGAAAACCUGUCGUCAAAAUUCCCUAUUAAUAAAGGUGUUUUCUGGA